AUGGCCGUGAAUGGCACCGGUGAGCGCAGGGCAACUCAUUCCUCCAGUUCUAGCACCUGGCGUAUUCCGCGAGUGCUUCGUUCCCGGCUGGGUUGUGAAACCUGUAAGACGCGACGAGUAAAAUGCUCAGAAGAUCGUCCGAUAUGCGCAAGUUGCGCCCGACUUGGACUUGAUUGUGCUUACCUGUCGCAAUCUCGUCCAAAGCCUCGAGGUUUAGCUGUGGCGACACCUGACAAGGAGGUGCCUACGACCUCGUCUAGGGCUCGUGAGUUGACUUCGACCCUUCCUAGACACGAAGAUGCAUCCCAUCAGGAGCCCAACUUGAGCCUUGUAAGCCUGGCCACAGAGGGCGGGCGGGAUAAUGCCUAUCUGGACAACUUUUCUGGCGAUACCUUCCACCUAAUCAAUGCUACCGCGGAGUUCAAUGACCAAUCCCGAGAUUUGGGGUGGCCUCAUGGUGACCUCAUGCAGAUGAAUUACGAUGGCUCUAUCCCACUCAGUCCAUUGUGGGAGGGAUACGGCUUUAACGCUCCAAUGUGGGAAAGUACAUCUGCAGACCUGAUACCUUCCGCCGUAGCAGCGGCAGCAGACUUCAAUUCCGUUGAUGGGAACUUGGAGCAUACUACAGGUUUCAUGGUCGGUGCCGACACAAGCCGCCAGGAGCAGCCAGAGAACGAUGACGGGAAUAAUCAACCGCACGGAACCACGCAGCCAACGGGAAGGUCUUACAGCGGCCAGCAGGAGGACGACUGCUUCGGACAGGGUUUCGAGGGAGACACGGAUUUCAGUACUCAGGCUUCUUCAUCGCCUCAGUGGGCGCGUAACGACCACAUCCGAACCAACGAUGCCGAAACCAGGCACCUUCUCUCUCUCUUCCAGUCAAUUGUCCAGCCACCGGCGUCGAUACUUAUUGGAGGUUUGCGAAAAUGGCGCCGCCUCCAGCACUAUCUUGUUAGGCUCGGUUCUCAGUGCAACCUUGUUUUCGACAGCCUGGUAUGCGUUAUAGAGUUUUUGUUCAUCGACGAGAUCUGUCAGAGUGCGGGACAGAGUCGAGAGACGCGUCUCAGCUAUAUUAUGGACCGACGUCAAUCGCUUCUUAUCGCGCUUCGUGCCUGGGUCACGGACACCCAACAACCCACUCCUUCAACGCACGAACAGCAGCUGGGCGCUCUCUUCUUGCUGGCGUGGUUAGAGGCUAUGAAAGACCAAGAUGCACACAGCACUCCAUUUCCAAAGGAUCUAGCUGAUGCCAUCCUUGUCAAGGAUACGGAUUGGAACCGGUCCUCGAGGGUGUUACUAUCGUGGCUUUGGUCACUAGACAGCAAAGCCACGCAUUUGACUGGCGAGCGUCGGCUGUUCUCUGAGCAAGCUCUGCUCGUCCUAGCUCGCCAUCCCUAUCAAGUAGUCAUCUCUCAGGCUGAAGACAACGACGAAGAUAUAGAGAACGAAGCCCUGGAAUCGACUGGUGCUUCCAAACGUAUGCCUUCCAAAUCAUACGAGGUUGUUCAAGGCCGGAGGAUCGAUUUGCAGCCCAAAUCAUCGCUGACAAGCUCCCACAUUAAGCAGAUCAUGCUGCACUCGCUGCUUCAGCCUGCCAUCGAAUGGUACAUGGACACGCAAGCUUUCUGUCGGAAGAUAAGCUCCCAUGAUCGGCAUCACCGACCCCGAGGCACCCCCGACGAUGAGUUUGCCGUUAUUGUGGCCAGCAAACAGUUAGAGGAACAACUGUGGGAGAUCUGGGACCAAAGACCUGCCAUGAUAUCUCUCAGCAAGGACCAAUUAUGCAGCAUGCUACCGACCGAUCUUGCGUUGAGAUUACAUGAGGUUUAUAGCGUGCAUCUUGCAUGCUACUGGGUUCUCUUCGUCUACCUUCAUCGGGUAGUGUGGUGGAACCUCCCGCACUCGGCAACAACAACAUCCGCGCUCAAUCGAGUCUGGGAACUUUUUCAGCAGUGCUACGGCGAAGAGAUCGAUGGGUCGAAGAUCGUACAUCCCGGCUUGCUCUGGCAGGUUUUCUUGUUUGGCUCGGAGUGCACUGACGAAACCCACCGGACGUGGAGUGUCCAACAGCUCGAGGGCUUAGCAUCCUCAAAAAUGGUGUUACAGACUCAAACGGGCAAUUCUGAUGGCCUGCCAUCUUUCAAGAUGAGUGCAGGUGUGACUCGGAAUGCCAAAAGAGCACUACUACUCCUGAAAGAGCUAAUUCGGCGACAGCAAAAGACCAAGGUCCGCGUUGAUGACAGGACCCUGUCGAUGGAAAUGUUUGGAUGCUACUUUUCUCUGGUUUAG